GGCUUUGUGCGGGCGGCAUGCGGGGGAGCCGCAGCCGGGGCUGGAGCCGGAGCCGGAGCGAGCCCGCCCCGGGGGGAGGAGGGCGAGGGCGGCGAGCCAUGCCGGGCGGCGGCGCGGCGGAGCGGCCGCGGUGGUAGAGGGCGAGCCCGCCCGGCCGGGGCGCGGAGCAGCGCGGAGCGGCCGCCAUGGGCAACGCGGGGAGCGUGGACGCGCAGCAGACGGAGCUGAGGGCGCACAGCGUCCCCCUGAAGCUGCCCAUGCCCGAGCCCGGAGAGCUGGAGGAGCGCUUCGCCGUGGUGCUGAAUGCCAUGAACCUGCCUCCCGACAAAGCCCGGCUCCUGCGGCAGUACGACAACGAGAAGAAGUGGGAGCUCAUCUGUGACCAGGAAAGAUUCCAAGUGAAGAAUCCUCCACACACGUACAUCCAGAAGCUGAAGGGGUAUCUGGACCCAGCAGUGACCAGGAAGAAAUUCAGGAGACGAGUCCAGGAGUCGACCCAGGUGCUCCGAGAACUGGAAAUUUCCUUGAGGACAAACCACAUUGGAUGGGUCAGGGAGUUCCUGAAUGAGGAGAACAAAGGCCUGGAUGUGCUGGUGGAAUACCUGUCCUUUGCCCAGUAUGCAGUCACAUUUGACUUUGAGAGCCUGGAGAACAGCGUGGAGAGCUCCAUGGACAAGUCCAAGCCCUGGAGCCGAUCCAUCGAGGACCUGCACAGGGGCAGCAAUCUGCCCUCUCCCGUUGGGAACAGCAUCUCCCGCUCCGGCCGGCACUCCACUCUCCGGUACAACACGUUGCCGAGCAGGAGAACGCUGAAGAACUCGCGGUUGGUGAGUAAGAAGGACGAUGUCCACGUGUGCAUCAUGUGCCUCAGGGCCAUCAUGAACUACCAGUACGGAUUCAACAUGGUCAUGUCCCACCCGCACGCCGUCAACGAGAUCGCGCUGAGCCUCAACAACAAAAACCCCAGGACAAAAGCCCUGGUGCUGGAGCUCCUGGCAGCCGUUUGCCUCGUCCGAGGGGGCCACGAGAUCAUUUUGUCUGCAUUUGAUAACUUCAAGGAGGUGUGUGGGGAGAAGCAGCGCUUUGAGAAGCUCAUGGAGCAUUUCAGGAAUGAAGACAACAACAUUGACUUCAUGGUGGCCUGCAUGCAGUUCAUCAACAUCGUGGUGCACUCCGUGGAGGACAUGAACUUCCGAGUGCACCUCCAGUACGAGUUCACCAAGCUGGGCCUGGAUGAGUACCUGGAUAAGCUGAAGCACACAGAGAGUGACAAGCUGCAGGUGCAGAUCCAGGCCUACCUGGACAACGUCUUCGACGUGGGGGCUCUGCUGGAGGACGCGGAGACCAAGAACGCAGCCCUGGAGAGGGUGGAGGAACUGGAGGAGAACCUGUCCCACUUAUCUGAAAAACUCCAGGAUACGGAGAACGAAGCCAUGGCCAAGAUUGUGGAACUGGAAAAGCAACUCAUGCAAAGGAACAAAGAACUGGACGUGAUCCGGGAGAUCUACAAGGAUGCAAACAGCCAGGUUCACACCCUGAGGAAGAUGGUGAAGGAGAAGGAGGAAGCCAUCCAGCGCCAAUCCACGCUGGAGAAGAAGAUCCACGAGCUGGAGAAGCAGGGAACCAUCAAGAUCCAGAAGAAAGGGGAUGGGGACAUCUCCAUCCUUCCCGUGGCCCUGGGCUCCGGGGCGGUGCCGGCGGGAGCCGAGGCGGUGCUGGGGGCCUGUGCCACGCCUGGAGCGGCCACCUCGGUGCCACUGCCGCCACCUCCCCCACCCCUGCCCGCCCUGCCCGGCUCCCCCGAGGCAGUGCCCAACGGCCCCGUGGCAGUGCCUGUGCCACCUCCUCCUCCUCCUCCUCCUCCUCCUCCUCCUCCUCCUCCUCCUCUGCCGGGCCCGGCUCCGGACGCGGCUCCGGACGCGGCUCCGGCGGUUCCGCUGCCCCCUCCGCCGCCGCCCUCGGCUCCCCCCCUGCCCGGCACGGCCUCGCCCACCGUGGUCUUCAACUCCGGCCUGGCAGCUGUGAAGAUCAAGAAGCCCAUCAAGACCAAGUUCCGCAUGCCCGUCUUCAACUGGGUGGCCCUGAAACCCAACCAGAUCAACGGCACCGUCUUCAACGAGAUCGACGACGAGCGCAUCCUGGAGGAUCUGAACGUGGAUGAAUUUGAGGAAAUAUUCAAAACAAAAGCCCAGGGCCCAGCCAUGGAUCUGACUUCCAGCAAGCAGAAGAUUCCUCAGAAAGGAUCCAACAAAGUCACGCUGCUGGAUGCCAACAGAGCCAAGAAUUUGGCCAUCACCCUGCGGAAAGCCGGGAAAACGGCGGAUGAGAUCUGCAAAGCCAUCCACGUGUUUGACCUGAAGACGCUGCCGGUGGAUUUUGUGGAAUGCCUGAUGCGGUUCCUGCCCACGGAGAACGAGGUGAAGGUGCUGAGGCUGUACGAGAGGGAGAGGAAGCCCCUGGAGAACCUGUCUGACGAGGACAGGUUCAUGAUGCAGUUCAGCAAGAUCGAGCGGCUCAUGCAGAAAAUGACCAUCAUGGCCUUCAUCGGCAACUUCACCGAGAGCAUCCAGAUGCUCACCCCGCAACUCCACGCCAUAAUCGCUGCCUCUGUCUCCAUAAAGUCAUCCCAAAAACUCAAGAAGAUCCUGGAGAUCAUCCUGGCCCUUGGGAAUUACAUGAACAGCAGCAAACGAGGGGCUGUGUAUGGAUUUAAGCUGCAGAGUUUAGACCUGCUCCUGGAAACGAAGUCGACGGACCGGAAGCAGACGCUGCUGCACUACAUCUCCAACGUGGUGAAGGAGAAGUACCAGCACGUGGCCCUGUUCUACAACGAGCUGCACUAUGUGGAGAAGGCAGCAGCAGUGUCCCUGGAGAAUGUCCUGCUGGAUGUGAAGGAGCUGCAGCGGGGCCUGGAGCUGACCAAGCGCGAGUACACCAUGCACGACCACAACACCAUGCUCAAGGACUUCAUCCAGAGCAACGAGGGCAAGCUCAAGAAGCUCCAGGACGAUGCCAAAAUAGCCCAGGAUGCCUUUGAUGAUGCUGUGAAAUAUUUCGGGGAGAAUCCCAAGACAACCCCACCCUCCGUCUUCUUCCCGGUGUUUGUCCGCUUUGUGAAGGCCUACAAGCAAGCAGAGGAAGAAAACGAGCUGAGGAAAAAGCAGGAGCAGGCCUUAAUGGAAAAACUCAUGGAGCAGGAAGCGUUGAUGGAACAACAGGACCAAAAGUCCCCUUCCCACAAGAGCAAGCGGCAGCAGCAGGAGCUGAUCGCGGAGCUGCGGCGCCGGCAGGUCAAGGACAACCGGCACGUGUACGAGGGCAAGGACGGCGCCAUCGAGGACAUCAUCACAGCCCUAAAGAAGAAUAAUAUCACUAAAUUUCCCAAUGUUCACUCGAGGGUAAGGAUUUCUUCUAGCACAGCCGUGGUGGAGGAUUCCCAGAGCUGAUCUCCGGAACCAGCCGUACCGCCGGGCCGACGCGCUGAGGAGGAGCGUGCGCCGCCGCUUCGACGAGCACGGCCUGCGCUCCAACGGCGCCGAGCUGGCCAUGUGAGCGCCACGGGCUCCGCAUCCCGCCUUUUCCAGGGAAAAACGGACCUUCGGAGGGCUCCCGGCCCCGCGCCGGGAUCUCCACGCCAAGUGCCUGAAAUGGAAGUUCCUGCUCCCGUGGAUCCCAGCAAUAGGAUUGGGGUUGGUUGGGAGCGCCAAGGCUCUGCAGGGUUUGGAACCAAAAUGUAAAAUAUGGGUUGGUUCGGGGGGUUGGGUUGGUGAGAGCUCCCGUGGGCCUGGUUGGAAACUGGGAAUACUGGGAAUACUGGGAAUACUGGGAUGUGCUCGGCUUGUAAUGCCGGGCCGAGGGGCGGGCCCGGCCUCCAGCUGCACUUAACGGCUCUUUCUUAAUUCAAACUACAAACAAGGACAUUUAAGGGCUUUCUGGACGUGGAAUUAAAAUAAUCCCAAGGAGCUCCCAGCCCUUUUCCCAGCCCCUGCAGCCUCCCAGCGGAACGUGGGAUCCCAAUCCCAGGGAUAGGAACGGAACAGGAGCUUCCCCCAGUUUGGGACGUUCCAGGGCUCAGACUGGGGGGGCAGGGAAGGCAGCCUUGGGAUAACAGCGUAUUUAUUAAUUAGCACUAAGCAAUUAACACCCAGUAAUCAGUAUUAGGCUCUGAGGACCACUGCAGCCCAGUUCCUGGCAGGGGCAUUCCAGCCUGCUCCGGCUCCGAACCAUUCCUGCUCGGAUUCCCUGCUGAGGCUCCUCUGGAAGGGAAGCCCAGCCUAAAACUCCCGCCAGGUUUUAGGUUCAGUUUUAGGUUCGGUUUUAGGUUCUCCGUGGCAUUUUCCAAGCCUAAAAAGGGACGGGAGGCUGAUUUAGGAGUGUGGAGCAGCGGGAUGGAUCCCACUCCGUGCCAUGCCAGCAGAAUCCAGGAGCUGGGAAGGGCUGGACUGAGGAGAAAUUCGUCCUUCCCAAAUCCCAUUUCACUUCCAGCUUCCCUGCCUGGGCUCAUCCAUCUGUUAAUUGUAAAAUUUCUUGUAUAGUAUUUAACCACUGAAUUUCUCUGCCCUUUCCCAUUGUGCUCCCACUGGUGAAGGUCCCUGUUGGAUUAUUUUUUUUCCUUGGAUAACGUGUAGUUAUAUGAUAAUCUGUUUUUAAAUGUACAGAUAUUUUGCUACAAAAUCGGUGCAGUUUUUUAUGGUUUUUACACUUCCCCCUCCCCUCCCACUUUAGUCUCUGGGUAAUAUUGUAAAUAUUGUUUAAAAAGGAAAUAAAUGCAUCAAGCCUGUGCUAUACAAUCUGAAUGUUAUUUUAACUUAUAGUUUUUGUUUUUAUAUUUAACUAAAAGGACAGUUUGGGACUCGGAGUUACCACAUUGACCAAUUUCCAGGAAUUUUUUUUUUUCCUUGAAAAACUGCCAAGUUUUGCAUUUCCAGCACUGUGUACUUGACCUGCUAAAGAGAACAUGCCACUGUUGGAAGGAGCGUUUGGAUCAAAGAAAACUGGAUCAUUUGAAUUUCAAAUUUCAGCAGGUGUCGGGGUAUAAACACUAAAUCUCAUUUUCUUCAGCUCAAAGGUAUUUUUUUAAUAAAAGCCCAAAAUGAAAGCCAAGCUGGCAUGUUCUCUUUAAUAUUUUUCUAGUCAUAGAUCUGCUUCUUAGCAAGAUUAGAAGUGUUUUCUAAAGCAGUUCACGUUCCUUUCCUGGUCUGUUCCUGCCAUAAAAUCAAAUAAACUAUUUACACUACUA